UGACGUCGUCGGAGGUUUUCUCAGAACAGUAUUGUUAUUCAGGCAAUAGGAUGACUACUGCUGUGCAACCAUUUUGAAUGUUGUGCAUACCUUCGAAACACUGGUAGUAAGUGAGUUAGUUAGAGGCGACAAGUGUUCAGUGCUGCCAGCCUGUAAACUGGAGAGAUGAGCAUGCAGUUUUUGAGAAUAAAAAGAAAAUUUAGACAAGAGGCAGAACAGAUUUACAAAAUAUACUAACACAUAGAAAAGUUGCUGAUUAAGAAAGAGGCUACAGGAUAAUAAAACUGGUCUUUAACCAUCUGGUGAUGACAACGUAGUUACUGAACAAGGGCACAGGGGAGUCCCGGACUACAUUGUGAAGCCCGGAGCUGCUUGAAGAAGAUUUAUUGCUUGACCAACCUAUUAAGCAGGAAGUGUAUCCGAUGGAGAAUGGACCAAGAAGCAAUAAUUCAAAUACUUCAGAUAUAAGCUGUGAAGUAGAUAGUACCGAUGAUGAUGUUUACUCUGACGAAGACGUUGCUGCCUGUAAUGAGAUAGCUGACGCCAUUGAAGAAGGUGAGAUUGAGGAGUUUGAAGAAGGUGAGCUGGAUGAGAGAGAAUUUGAUGAUCUCGAAAAUGUUAGGAGUUUACAUGACAUGGAAGAAAAUGCAUAUUCGGAAAAUCUACAAUACAGAGGCUCUGUACUUGAAGUGGGCUGUAACUUAAAUACAAUGGACAGUAGGAUUGCAAAACAUCAGACCGACAGACAAACAUCACGCAAGAAAACAUCACAAAGUUUGACACGUAAGGACGUGUCUUAUUCACAAGGGGUACGUAAAGAUGGACACAAGAAUCCUCACAGAAAAGGGGAAACAUACAUGUAUGGAACCAUAUCCAAAGACAGAAGACAGUCUUUGAAUACAGAUAGUGAACAAUCACUGAAUAGAACUCUCAGACAACCACCAAAGGGAAGUAGAGCUUGGAAACCAGAGAAGGAUGGAACUAUGUUAUCAGAGGGAGCCUGGCCUUCAGCGGAAUACUCAAACAAAUCCCAAGAACACAUGCGAACACCAGAGAGGCCUAGAAGCAGAUCAUCAGACAGAAGUAGACAACCAAAAUAUUUGAAUCGAUAUCUUGAUGAUAGAUAUGCACCAGGGAGAAAUAGGUCCAGAUCACCAGGUACAGCAAGGCCACCAGAGAAGGUUAGAAACGUCACAUCAGAGAGAGCCUGGUCUCCAGAACACAGGCGAACACCAGAGAGGCCUAGAAGCAGAUCAUCAGACAGAAGUAGACAACCACAAUAUUUGAAUCGAUAUCUUGAUGAUAGAUAUGCACCAGGGAGAAAUAGGUCCAGAUCACCAGGUACAGCAAGGCCACCAGAGAAGGUUAGAAACGUCACAUCAGAGAGAGCCUGGUCUCCAGAACACAGGCGAACACCAGAGAGGCCUAGAAGCAGAUCAUCAGACAGAAGUAGACAACCACAAUAUUUGAAUCGAUAUCUUGAUGAUAGAUAUGCACCAGGGAGAAAUAGGUCCAGAUCACCAGGUACAGCAAGGCCACCAGAGAAGGUUAGAAACGUCACAUCAGAGAGAGCCUGGUCUCCAGAACACAGGCGAACACCAGAGAGGCCUAGAAGCAGAUCAUCAGACAGAAGUAGACAACCACAAUAUUUGAAUCGAUAUCUUGAUGAUAGAUAUGCACCAGGGAGAAAUAGGUCCAGAUCACCAGGUACAGCAAGGCCACCAGAGAAGGUUAGAAACGUCACAUCAGAGAGAGCCUGGUCUCCAGAACACAGGCGAACACCAGAGAGGCCUAGAAGCAGAUCAUCAGACAGAAGUAGACAACCACAAUAUUUGAAUCGAUCCUAUCAUCAUCAUCCCAGACCUGAACAUAUGCAGAAGCAUUCACAAGAGCAAAACAGAGGCACCAAACGGAAGCAUUAUGACACAGUACCUGAACAAUUACUGCAGUGUAAAAAUAGGACUGAUAGAACAGCUCGACAGAGGAUUCAGCACAAGAAGAAACGAUCGCACAAAAGUGGAUUGGUUGGGACCAUAUUCUUUCUCAGCAAACCUUUCCAUCAACCCAAUGAUAUAGCAGCAACACUUGCAAAUCGAAGUGAAGAACUUGAAACGUAUCUCUGUAAUAAUGAAAUAUGUCCACACAUUGUUUCUCUCGUGACUGUACUGGAAAAGUGUUCUAAAGCAACACUUUGCCAUGAAAGCAAGCUGAAAGUCAUGUAUGUGUUACGAACAAGGAAAUUUUUUGAAAGGAAAGAUAUCAUUGAUAAACUGAAGGAUCUUCAAUCAUUUUCAGAUAUGGAAUCAAGUCUUGCGUUUGUGAUCGAGUUAUUGACACUCAUGAAAGCAAUGAUACAUGUAGUUCAACUCGAAAAAGGAGAUAUACUGAUCAGCAAAUCGCUUAUAGAAAGCAGUCCUCAAAUUAAGGAUGAGAAGUGUGAGAGACUCAAAGACUUGUUGGGUGAGAUAUCAGAGCUUUACAGGAAACAGAAUGAAAUGCCUCCUGCCUCUAAAGCCAUGGAUGAAUAUCCUGUCAUACAUGAGCCUAUUUUACCAAGCAUUGACAUGAUAAAGUCUGGGGAAAAAAACAGUAUUCCUAAGCACGGCAUAUGUAUACCAUUCGCAAGUGAACAACAUUAUGUAGCUCACAUGUAUGCAGUCUUCAGAGAGGAUUUUGUACAGCCUCUGGUAAAUGGGAUAAGAAAGUACAUUUCUCAUACAGAGAAACGAUCCAUGGAGCGAUUUUGGAGCACUGAUGUUAAGCUGUAUGAGAAUGUACAAGUCAUUUCCAACGCCAUACAGAUAGAUAAUGGAAUGACACAGACGAUCCAAUUCCAGUCAAACUUCCACAAACGGUCAUAUAUUCCCUCAGUGCUUCAGUAUGGUGCUCUACUCUGUUUAUCACAUGAUGGUUUCCAAUCUAUUCACUAUGCAACAGUCGCUAACCGAGAUGCAAAUAAACUAUGCAAAGGACAAAUAGACAUCAAGUUUGUGGAGGAUAGUAAUUUGCCAGAACUCCUUGAAGUGACAUUUGUUAUGCUUGAGUGCAGGGCAUUUUAUGAAGCAUAUUCUCAUUCACUAGCAUCAUUGAAAAUAAUGGCCCAGGAUUUAGAAUCUAACAAACAAGUUCUUCCUCUAGGAAAAUAUUUGACUGGACAAUCGCAAAAUGUUUCACAUCCUUCCUAUCUGGAUACAUGUGAUGAAGUGUCCUUUUCAUGUCUAAAACACUAUGGAGACAAAACUCUGAAACCACAAAAUUCUGACACCGCUCAGGUGAGGAAACUUGAAUCAUGGCCGUGUUGUGCAGACAUUGGCCUGGAUACAUCUCAGUUGGAGGCACUUAAACUGGUGCUUAACAAUGAGAUUGCUUUAAUUCAAGGUCCUCCUGGAACAGGGAAGACAAUGAUGGGAAUCAGAAUAGCUGAAGUCCUUCUUUCCAACAAGGUCAUGUGGCAAGGUCAGAGCCCUUAUCCACUGAUGCAAACCCACAGGGCAGACUCUGGACUCCACCAUGAAGGUAAGGGCCCACUGCUGUUGGUUAGUUACACAAACCAUGCAUUAGAUCAGUUCCUGCAACUGCUACUGAACUCUCCAGUCAUGGAUAGUUGCCAAGACCAAGACAUCAUCAGAGUUGGUUCAAGAUGUGAAGUUGAAGAACUGUUCAGAUUUGCCCUGAAGAAACACAGACGCCGUCAACCAUCAUGUGCAUAUAACCAAAGCUUUGGUGUUCUGAAAGGUAUUGAAAAAGACAUUGAUGAAUUGAGAAAAAGUCUAUUAUUGUACCAAACAUCUUUAAUUCACGAAGACAGUUUCAAGGUCAGUGAAAUAUUAUCUUCAUUCCAUCAUUCACAAUUUGAAGAAUGUAAGUAUUAUGACAGUCCAAAUAACAAUAGCAUAUUGUGGGAAUGGUUGGCAUUGCCAGACAGUUUGAGUUACACUGAGUGUACAGCAGAUGGGUCCAUCUUUCAAGAGGAGUUUAUACUUGCAGAGGAUAUUAGAAAUGAAGACAAUGAGCGUAUCAUUGAUGACAAUGAUGACUUUGUUUCACCACAUGGAAUUACCACAUCACCAUUUGACCUGGAAAUUGCCCUGGACUUCCAGCAACUGAGGAAUGAUAGAUAUUUCUCACACUUGUCUGAAAAUGGCUGCAGACAGAUCAUAAAAGGGAUUACAGAGCUGUUGGCUUUGCAGGACAACAUGACAUGUCAGGAAGUAGGAACCAUCUAUGAUAUAUGGGAGCUGGAUGUCCCUGAUCGCUGGAGAUUGUACAGGCACUGGGUACACCAAGCUACACAUCCACUUAGGAAGAAGCUCCGAUGCCUGGAACAAGAAUAUGAAGCAGCAUCUCGAAGAUACUGUGAAGCUUGUAGUUUGCUGGACAGUAGAAUUAUGAAAAGAGCAUCACUUGUUGCCAUGACUACAACUGCUGCAGCACGUUACACAAGGACUCUGCAAGAAGUUGGCGCUCCUGUUGUCAUCAUAGAGGAAGCAGCACAGGUAUCCGAACAGCAUGUUCUUGGUGCUCUAUCACCCUCCUGUCAACAUUUGAUAAUGAUAGGUGACCAUCAACAACUGAGGCCAGCGUUCAAUGAUUACUCUCUUGCCAAGUCCCAUCAUACUGAUGUGUCACUCUUUGAACGCUUAGUCCGAGGUGGAAUAACUUUUCAGCAGCUUGAAAACCAGCACAGAAUGAGACCAGAGAUAUCCCAGCUUCUGGUUCCACAUAUAUACAAGACGCUGAAAGAUGACGAAUCUGUCUUCUGCUUCCCCGAUGUUCGUGGCAUGGCAACUAAUGUGUAUUUCCUUACACACGACAUAGAGGAAGACCAUGAUGAGGGAUCUCUGAGCCACAGAAACAAAUACGAAGCAGACUUCCUGACAAAGUUGUAUAGACACCUCAGACUGCAGGGGUAUCUAUCCAGUGAGAUAACUGUGCUAGCAUUGUAUAAUGAUCAAGUUCAGGCUUUAAGAAAGAGUAUUAGAGACACUGAGAGGGAUUGUUUAUUACUGCAAACACAGAAAGAGGAGCAGAUGAAUUCUGAAAUCGAGCCUACACACAAGACUGCAAGGAAUUCUGGUGUACGAAUAACAUCGGUGGACAAUUUUCAGGGUGAAGAAAAUAAAAUCAUUCUACUCUCCCUUGUUCGCAGCAAUAAGUCAGGUCGCAUAGGGCAUCUCUCAGCAUCAAAUCGGGUUUGUGUUGCACUUUCCAGAGCAAAGGAAGGACUAUACGUUAUUGGAAACAUGGAAUGUUUGAGGAACGCGUCUCCUCUGUGGGACAAAAUAGUUACCAAAGCUGAAGAAAAAGGCAUCUGUGGAAAGUUCCUGAAACUUAAAUGUUCCAAACAUCCAGAGAAAGUGAUGGAGGUUAAAACUGCCAAAGAUUUUGACCAAUACUCAGAUGGUGGAUGUGAUCAGGCAUGUAAUGCACGUCUCAAAUGUGGGCACAGGUGUAGCAGAAGAUGUCACCCCGAUGACCCAGAACAUGCAAGACUAUGUAUAAAAGUGGUUGACAAACAUUGCAAAGAGGGACACAUUCAGAAAAAGAAAUGUUGUGAGGAAAUUGCUAAGUGCAAAGAAACCAUUAACGUCCAGCUACCAAAGUGUGGUCAUACGGCAAAGAAGCCAUGUUUCAAAGACGUUGGAGACGUACAAUGUGAAGAAAGGUGUACAGAGAUAAUACCAUGUGGGCAUGUUUGUCAAAGAAAGUGUGGACAGGUGUGCAACACGGAAGACAACUGCAAUGAACUUGUCAAGAAAACCGGAAAAUGUGGACAUUCUUGUCAGAUUGCAUGUUCCCAAACAAUUCUGUGUAAGAUUGAGUGCCAAGCACAGCUUGACUGUGGCCAUCCUUGCAAGGGCACUUGUGGGAAAUGCCACCAGGGUCGUUUGCACCAGCCAUGUAGGAAGAAAUGUGAGAGGAAACUAAUAUGUGGACAUAUCUGUAAGGCAUCCUGUACUGAUGUGUGUCCACCAUGUCGACAACCCUGUGAACAAAAGUGCGGCCACAGUAAGUGUGGUUACAAAUGUGGGGAUAGGUGUGUUCCAUGUAAGGAACCAUGUAGGUGGAGAUGUAGAAAGAAUUGUAACAAUAGAUAUGAAUGCACCAAGCUUUGCUCUAAAGACUGCAACAGAAACCGGUGUAAUAUGCCUUGCACCAGAACUAUGCCUUGUGGUCACAAAUGCACAGCUUUGAAUUGUGAGAAAUGUGUCUGUAGAAAAUGUGAAGACCAGACACAUUUUGAAAUCUUCUUUGGUACUGAAGAUGAACCAGAUGCUGUGUUCUACAAGCUACCAGACUGUAAUCACAUCUUUGAGGUUACAUCUCUUGACAUGUACAUGGACAGUGAGAGUGAAAGCAUAGGAAUGAAAACAUGUCCAAAAUGUACUUCUCCUAUCAUGACAUCAGAGCGUUAUGGAACUUGUAUCCGUCAAUGUCAAAAAGAAAUGGAUGUUGUCAAAUGCAAACUACUUUCCAAAUCCAGUGAAAUGGCUAAAGAAAAGAACAUACUCACCCAAGAAUUUUCAAAAAUUCACAAUCAAGAACAUCAGAAUAUAUUUAGGAAACAGUUAACUUCAACCAGAAAUACCGAUCAAGUAGCUAGUCUGUCAAAUCAGGUUGGGUUCUAUUUGAAUGUCAGAAGCACUGAAGACAAUUUGGACAGUAUCAUGUCUGAAGAUUGCCUUGACAGAGUCAAGGUCCAGGGCAUGAAAGACGAACUAUCUUCUUUAAUGAAAUGGGUUCUUUUAAAACGUGUCAGGUUCAGUGAUCAGGAACUAUCAGAGUUUAAAAUGGAGCUCACUAGAAUAAGACUCUGCUACCGAUAUCUCCUUGUGCAAGAUAAGCUUUCAGCUGUAGAAGUUUCGGAUGAGAAGCGCAAGUGUGUGGAAGACUCAUCAGAAAAACUCUUGAGUGGGCAGAAGCUGUUGCAGGAGGAGCUGGAAGGCCUGGAGGCGGAACUGAAGAAGCUGGAAGCUGAAUAUCCUCGGGUAGGGCUUGGCAUUACAGACGAGGAACGUAUCAUGGUUCUCCAGGCGAUGGGCUUUAGCCAGAAAGGACACUGGUACAAAUGCAAGAAGGGUCAUGUUUAUGCGAUCGGUGAAUGCGGUGGUGCCAUGCAGGAGAGCAAGUGUCCUGAGUGUGCCGAGACUAUAGGAGGAGCACGUCACCAGCUCAGGGGAGAUAACUCCCUUGCUACCGAAAUGGAUGGAGCACAAUUUGCAGCUUGGUCUGAUCAGGCCAAUAUGGCUAAUUAUGAUUUGGAUUAACAUCCUACAUAGAAAAACUACAACAAAAGGGAAUGAAAACCAACAACUAAGAGGAGAUAACUCCCUAGGUAGUAGACAGGUCAGAAGUGCUUCUUAGUCAGAUCACAUACCUCAUACUUCUCUUGCAUCUAUGACCAUAAAUAAUCACAUUGGAUAGAUAACCCCAAGUAAAGAUAGUAAAUAAGCUCAGUUAAAAUAUAAUAUUUUAAUUCCACUUCUUUGGUAAGUCACCGAAACAAUAAUGUAGUGUCCUGCAUGCCACUUUUUAGACAAUGAGUGUUCUAAGAGUAAGUAUUCAGAGCAAAAAUGACGUGUAGUUUUAAAAGAUGCUUUUAGAUUAAUUACCGUUGGGCGAAUCAUGACAAACAUGCCAAUGGUUUUAACAAGCCAGAUACAACAAAGUAUCCAGUUCAACAAGUGGUCAUGUACAAAAGAAGUGGGUGUGGUGUACCAAGGUAACAAACGCGCCUGUAUUAGUAACAUGAAGGCUUAGUCCAUCAUAACGUAUGUAAAUUUUGCUGUGCCAAUUGACUCAUGUUAGUGACAGCAACAAAGGGUUGAGAAAUACUCGCCAUGCUUCUGUAACAUGUUAUGCUUUAAAGGUACUGGACGUAUCCUGUUUGAGUUUAAGGAUUUUUUUAAAAUCAUACCGAAACUGCCCAUGACCUGGUUGAAUAGGUGCUGGUGUUGUACAUCUAUUGUUACAUUUCUGUUUUAUCGUGGUUAGGGUGUUUUGUUAAUUUACACUAACCUGGUUGAUUAGACGUUAGUCCUAUGCUGGAUUUGCAACCACGAGGAGACAUGGGUAAGGAGAACUUGUUAAAACAGGGCAUGUAGACAGUAUUAACUUGUUCAAGCACCCCACAAGCACACCCACAGUUCAUACCGUAUGGUGCACCGUGA